GGAUUAUGGGGCAAUUUAACAAAAAAUCAAAAUGGCGGACUAAGUUGGGAUGUUUUUUCUUUGCAUUAUAUUUUAAUUAUUGAGGCCUUGUUGUAUCGUUAACGAGCGAUGGCUGGCCGAGCUUGCGUAAAUGUUAUCAAGAAGUCUUUUUUACAGUUAUCUCGUAAUGGGAUCAAUCCAAAAGUAUCAACCUGUUAUUCUGCCAUGAAUCAUUAUCCUGAAAUACUAGGAAUCAUGGGGGUCAGAUUUGCUACAAAAGCUAAGCCACUGAAAGGAGGUGUGAAAACCAAAGCAGUACCAGGUUACAGGGUUGCAGUCACAAAAGGAUUUGAAUCACAGCAUACAGGAAGUCUGAAGGGUAGCUAUGGAGCAUCGGAUAGAUUACUUGACGAUGUCAUGAUGCGGAAAUACAUAGAGGGAGUUUUCUAUGACCAUGUAGACUCUGACAUUGUUAUCAAGAGAAGAGAUAACCGUAUUAUUAUAGCUUUUGUUGUCAAAAGGGACUGUGACGUUAAUAAGUUUUAUUUUCUAACUGCAAUGAGUGAAAAGUUACUUAGUGAGGUAUUUAGCUGUAUUGUUAAGUUUGAGCCACAGUCAUCUGCUAUUUAAUUUGAUUAUAGCUAAAAAUAUUGUUUAGUUUUAUUUCUGUUUUAUACUUAGUUUGCUUUUCGUGUUACAGUGAUACAUCAUUCUUAACCCAGAAAGCUGAGAAGGAUCUGGGUAUGAGAAUGAGUGAUACUUCCAUUAAGUGGAUCCCUGGUACUUUGGAGUCGUCAUUAGUGGGGAGGGUCUGGGACAGAAACUAAUAAUAGCUUAUUAAGCAGAUAAUAUAUGGUAAAACAAACCACUAUUCAGCAGACACCAGCGAAGAUCUUGACAGUUUAAAGGUGUCCACUUAAUAGAGGUACCACUUCAAUUCCUAAUCUAAGAUACUUUUUCAAAUUUCCAUCAAUGAUGUGUGUGGUGCAACGCCUCUGCCUUUUCUUUUUCUCUGACCUAGUCAAUUCCACUUUGGCUUUUGUUUGACUAAUUUACAAUUGUCAUGGCUAGAAAAUGUUUGGCAUUUUGAUGGUCAGAAGUCGCUUAUAUUGAAGAAACAUAAAAACAAACAAGGCAAUUUAUUCAUUUUUUCCCUUGACAUCAUAGCCACCAUCUUGGAUGAAUUUAGCCUAUGUGCAGACCGUAUUUAUUAACGACAGUUAAAUUCGGUCUGAAUGCAGGCUAGGAUGAAUUAACAAAAGAAUUGUCAAUGAAUUUUUUCGUUACAUCAUCCAACAUAUAAUGCUUUUUACUUGCAAUAAUGCAAAUGUUUCAGCUAGACCUUUUCUACUAAAAUACUGCAUUCAAAAAGCAUUGUUAUAAAUCCUGCAUAUUUUGGACCAAAGACGACGAGAUAUAGAACUACAAUAUUUCGACUACAUCUCGUCGUCUUUGGUCCAAAAUUUGGAUUUAUAAAGAUGCUCCCUACUCGGAACCAUUUUCAUUGUAUUUCACUUAAAACUGUCAGACCGACAUGGUUUAUGUAAACUUUAAAUUUGCAUCUCUGAGUAAGGUAGAAUGAAACAUCAGUGACUGUCAGCUUCAUGGCUAUGGAUACAGAUGCUGAACAUGACCUACCACAAGACAAA